AUGCACCACCUUCUUCUGCGCCGUCUGGAUGAGGAGUUUCGAUCUGCCAGCCGGGAGCCGGAUGCAUUACGGCAAAUCGGUUAUCGCAACCCUAAGCCCGAUGAUGCCUUCGGUUUCAAUUUGCAAUUUGGAUAUGAGGGUACUUACUGGGAUCACAUUGCCAAUUUCAACCAGGAACGCAGCGAUAAUUUCAACCAAGCUAUGAGGGCCGUGACCAUCAACAAUAUCGGCGAGAUCCCAAAGUCUUACCCAUUUGCGAGCCUUGCUGAAGAUGGAGGAUUUAUUUUUUGA